GACACCAGCACCUGCAGCCCGGUUCUGAGGGUUCGGGUUGAGUCGCGAUAAGCGGACAUUCUAGCACGAGUGAAGCGGUUCUCCCGCGUUCCAUCACAAGGAACUCACUGCCGCAAGCAGCGGCUGACCCCAUGCUCGCUCUCGCGUCCUGCUCUGCCAUAUAAUCCUCUCUUUCCCUUAUUUUAUUCCCUUUCUUCUUCACCAGCCUAGGUGUUCGUUUUCCACCAUGGCGGCGCGCGUCGCCACGCACACGUUCCUCCUGGGCGUCCUGUUCGCCUGGCUUUCCACGAUCGCCCUCGUCUCCGCGCAGUCCUCCAACUCGUCCGCUUCCACGACGCCCACUCCUACCGGAAACAUUACCCUUAGUUAUGUUACGACCUCUAUCACGACGACGUACACGACGCACUCGGGCAACCAGAAUAUCCCCAUCACCACCGCCGUACCCAUUACCCUCGCUAUCAACGUCACUGUUACUCCUACGUCCUCUGCUGCUGCAAAUGCUACGACCUCGGCGACAGCUACGUCUGAUCCUUCACAGUUGGCGACCGUAAUCGACCCGGCAUUCGGUAUUCUGGGCGGUAUCCUCAUCUUAACGGGUAUUCCCACUGCAUUCCUGGGGCAUAGGAACCGCUGGACGUCAUUCUUUUUGAUCGGCUUCUACACACUUGCCUUGGUGUGCUUUGUCCUUAUCACACGGUUUGGAGUGCUAGCGGCCAUACAUCCCCCUUCCAAGACCGUGCGGGGAAUGUUCCUUCUCGCGUCGAUUGUCGCAGGCGUAGCAGGUGGUGCUGUCACGAUAUUUUUCUGGAAGGCUACCAGGUACUUCAUUGGCGCCUGGGGAGGCUUUGCCUUCGCUCUCUGGGUCCAGUGUUUCAGGAAUGGUGGUCUCAUCGGCCCAAUAGGGUAUCGCUGGAUCAUGUACAUUGCUGCCGGUGUCAUAGGAUUUGUGUUGUGCACUAUUCCCAAGUUACACUAUCACAUAUUACUCAUAUCCACGGCAUUUGUCGGUUCGACUUCAUUCAUGCUCGGCAUUGACUGCUUCACCACCGCAAAUCUCAAAGAGUUUUAUAUGUGGAACCUUGGGUUCGACAGCCUCUUCCCGAGAUUUGUGGCCGAUCAUAUUGCAUUCCCGGUCACUCAAGUCAUGCAAAUAGAGCUUGGUCUCAUGGGCGCUGUAGCUCUGAUGGGUAUCGCAGUGCAGUUCCGCAUGAUUAAGAUUCUCAAGCGGAAGCUCAAAGAGAUCCAAGAAGAGCAGAAACGACGGGACGAAGAGGAGGAGAUGAGAGCGGCGGAGCGCUUUGCCGAGAUCGACAAGGAACGCGGGGAAUGGGAGCGUGAACAUCCCACACUCACAAAGCAUGGCAGGCAUGACAGUAAUUUCUCCGGAAUGCCCUUGAUGAAGGAUGUGGAUAUUCCCGCCACGCCGAGUUCCGCAGAGCUACGUGGUUCGACCUUUACUCUGGUGAAUGGCACCAGGCAGAGGUAUCAUUCCGGUGUUUCUGAUUUCUUCGCGGCUCCCCCUUCGGAGGAUGAGCUGAAGAGAGCAGCCGGCCGCCAAAGCCCUGGUGUUCUCCCCACCCUUGAUCUCGGUGCGGAUAUCGAGGAAGAAGUUCCCAAGAGUUUUAUAGCCGAGGAUGGACCUUCUACCUCCAAGCUGAAGGAUAGCGAGAUCGAAGAACUGAAACGCAAGGAAGAGUUGCUUUCGGAAAUUCAGACUAUUCGGCGAUCGAUCGACGCGCUCAAAAGUGGAACUCCGGCUCCUUCGUCCUCCUCCGAGUCACGUUCUCGCCAUCCUUCCUUCUCUGCGGGAUUAAAUAUGGGUUCGUCUAUCCUUGCUGAUGCGACCCACCUUCGGCCUCCUCGCCAGCCAGAUCCUCGCUCGAGAGUCCAGUCUAUGGAAUUGUCCAGCCUCUUCCGUUCUUCGCCGCAACCAGCGGAAGCUAUCGGUCGCCCCAUCAGUGCUCCUCUUCGGGAAGACGACUGGGAUUCCUAUGUUCGAGAUAGGAAGCUCUUGCAGCCGCCUUCCGGUGUUACACCUCCUAUCGCCACGACACCUAUUAGCCCGACGCCUAGAAUCGCGGUACCGCCCGCCGUCGCUGAGGCGCUUGCGCGUCGUCAACGAGUCGAGAGCAUGAUUGAGAUGGGGGAAAUGGGCGUUCCGCCCUCAUCUAGCGGGGGUUCCCACCCUUCCGCAGGCCGGUCUUCACCUGCCAGGGCUGAUUACUUCGGAGAGCUACGCCAACCUACACCACCUAUGACUAAGGCGCAUCAUAAGAAGGCCAGCUCAGGCGUUCCUCCACCUAUCUCUCCGCCGGCAGCCGCUGUCACAAUCUUGCCUCCGAGGAAGUCUCCACCGGUCGUGGCUCCUGAACCUCAGCGGCCCAGCGCUCCUCGCGUUAUCACCUUUGAGGAACUUACCGAGAGGCACCGAGAGAAGCUCAGGGACCUGCAGGCACCUCUCACGGAAGCUGCGAAGCAGGAGGCAGAGCUCGCGGAAGCGAAGGCGAAGUGGGAGAGGGCAAAGGCCAUCGAGAAGGAGGCCGUUGCGAGACGCCAGGCGGAAAAGGCCAAGGAGUUGGCUGAGAAAGAGCACCGUCGACGUCGUUCUGAAGAUAAAUCCCCCGAGGGUCCCAAGAAGCACGACCGUUCUAGGAGUCUCAGUGGAGACCGACUCGCUCAACUCGCUGUGACUCCCCCUUCGUCCAAGCGACUGUCGACAAUGAAGGUCGAGGACUGGCAGAAAUACCAACAGGAAGCUGACAAGGGUCGUCCUGCGCCAGGAGGAUCAAGACGCGACUCGAGAGCUUUCAGGUCGGAGGGUGAUGGGGUGCCUUUCCCUGGCACUGUCCCUCGGUCACGCGAUCCCGGACAUCCAGGACAAGAUAGGAGGAGGUCCAACGUCCCUCGGACUCCUCCAAACUGAGACGCUCAUAGCAGCUGACCACCUGCAGUGCGUAUAAUCGGCCUAAUGUGUACCAUCAGGGCGCCGCAUCGAUGCGCCUCGUUCAUGUGCAAUUUGUUUCGCAUCGUUGCCAUCAUCAGACACACAUGGAGUAAUUCAUAGCUUUUGUUCUUGUCACGGACUACACUUUGGACGUUGGACUUAUAGAAUAGCAUCAUGUAAUCUUCAAUCCGCCCCUCCUCCAUCACCUCCGUUCCUUCCUCCGUCUUUUCUUUCUUCUCAUUUUGUGCUCGUAGACACAAAGAACACGCGCAUCAGUUACGAUCACGGCGACGUGCUCUGCGACUGUCGGUUUCAUGAGUAUGCCAAUGCGAGUUGUUGCUGCGACUGC